AUGACUGCGCCAGGGCAUGAGGACGAUUGUUCAAACGAGAGCCAUAUCGGUUCAUUCCAACUUUGCGACUUUUUCCUUGGACUGCCUUCAGCGUUCUCACUAUUUCGGUUCUUGAGUUUGCUGGUCUCUGUUACUAGUGCCAUGCACGUAUGUACCGAUCGCCUCACGAGGCUGAAUGACGCUUAG